GUAGGCGAAGCUGGGGCGCCAGGGGAAGGCGGCGGGUUCUCAGGGCUCCCGGGCGGCGGCAGGCCGGGAGUCGGGAUGUCUGUGUUUCGGGGCCCCUCUGGACGUCUGGGGCUCGCCCGGCACAGGGAGAGGCGAACUUAUAGAGUCGCCCGGGGGGCCUUCGUGGACGACACUUUCCCGUCGGGCGGAGCCCGCGGGCGGACGCGAAAUUUCUAGUGGAGCCUUAGUCGUCGGCCCCAUCGAAACCAGGAAGAGAGUUGAAGUGUUAUUUUUGAGUCUCUGUUCUAUUGUUAUUAUUGUCAUCUUUAUUAGUCUGAGGAUUUGCUGAAUGUCCCUUUGGAUUUCUGGAGUGCCCCCACGGCACAGGGGAGUGGAUAGUGUCUUGGAUUCCUUCUGCACUUGCUGAGUUUGGUGUCAGAGAGCUUAGAUGGCCAGACUUAUCGCUGGAUCACCCUCCAUUUCCUUUGCACUUAAUAUAAUAUGACACUGUAAUUUAUAAAGUAUCUACAUUUCUUAAGUCUCUGGUUCUUGGUGACUUAAGAUAGGCUUCCAAGUUUCUCCUUUCAGCUUUCAUGGUGUUUUGUUCAGGACAUUAAAGCUGGGAUUAUAGUGUAUUACAGUUGUUUAUCUGUCUUGUCACAGUAGUUUAUGAGUCUGGCCUACAUUUGGAUUUCUUCCCCACCAAGAGACUACCACAGUGCCUAUCACGGUCAGAGAACAGGUUGAUGGAUCAAGCUGUUGUAUCAACCUUGACGUCCCAUGUGGAGGAAGAGGUUACUCUUGACCUGGGCAAGGGGUUGAGAGGGAGAAGAACCAUGGUCCCUGCCCUGUGGGAGGCCCAGACGUGAUGGAAACACACCCAGAGCCUGGCAAGCCCUUGGAAGCAAGCAGAGUGCAAAGCGGGUAGCUGACCCUUGAAUGAACUCGAUGUAGACGUGGAGAGAAGUCCAUCAGGAAAGGCUCCUUGUUAGAAGGUCACAGUGGCAUGGCUGUGCCCCAGGCUUUCCCAUCAGGGCCCCUCCAUGAGCCUGCAGGUGCCCGGAUGGAGCCCCAGCCCUCUCCCCGAAGCUUGGCCGAGGGCUUCCUGGAGGAGGAGCUUCGGCUUAAUGAUGAGCUGAAGCAACUGCAGUUUUCCGAGCCUGUGGGCAUCAUCUACAAUCCCGUGGAGUAUGCGUGGGAGCCACAUCGCAGCUAUGUGACCCGCUACUGCCAGGGCCCCAAGGAAGUGCUCUUCGUGGGCAUGAACCCAGGGCCCUUUGGCAUGGCCCAGACUGGGGUGCCCUUUGGGGAAGUGAAUGUAGUCCGGGACUGGUUGGGCGUUGGGGGACCUGUGCUGAGCCCUCCCCAGGAGCACCCCAAGCGACCAGUGCUGGGACUGGAGUGCCCUCAGUCCGAGGUGAGCGGUGCCCGGUUCUGGGGCUUUUUCCGGAACCUCUGUGGCCAGCCCGAGGUCUUCUUCCGUCACUGUUUCGUCCACAACCUGUGUCCUCUGCUCCUCCUGGCUCCCAGUGGGCGCAACCUCACCCCGGCCGAGCUGCCUGCCAAGCAGCGGGAGCAGCUCCUCGGGGUCUGUGACGCGGCCCUGUGCCGGCAGGUGCAGCUGCUGGGGGUGCGGCUGGUGGUGGGCGUGGGGCGGCUGGCCGAGCAGCGGGCACGGCGGGCUCUGGCCGGCCUGAUGCCCGAGGUCCAGGUGGAGGGGCUCCUGCACCCCUCCCCUCGCAGCGCACAGGCCAACAAGGGCUGGGAGGCAGUGGCCAGGGAGAGACUGACCGAGCUGGGGCUGCUGCCGCUGCUAACGGGAUGAGUGCCCCUGCGGCCGGCAGGACACGUUCAAGUCCCCCAGGUCGUUCCGGCCAAGCAGAGGACGAUGCGCCUCCAGGACUGGAGCGACAGGGUCCCCCUCGGCUCCCUGGAUGCUGGGACCUGCCAGGGCAGUGCUGACACUACUCCUGCUCGCCCUCCCGAUUCCUGCACGCUUCACCUUCCUCUGAGCUUGGCUCUUCGGUCUGUGGUCCCCACCUCCACAGAGAACCAGAAUCUGCGAGCUGCUCUACCUCACUGUUACCCUGGGAGCCUCUCUUCAGCUGAGAGUGACCUGGACAGUGACUUCUGAGGUCCUAUUUGCGGUUUUAGAGAAAAGAUCUGCCAGGAUCCCCACCUGUCCUCAUGGAACAGCUGCCUUCAGCUCACCCCUUUCCUCGCGGGGACCAGGACAAAGCAUGGGAUGAGGAUGCUAAGAGUGAACUUCUGGUGGGAGACUGAAGCUGGGUCAGAGAGAGAAUCAGUGUAGCAUCAUGGGAAAGGCCAGGAGACCUGAAUUUCCAUCCCAGCCUUGAGACUUGUGAACCUUACGACUUUGGAUGAGUUGGUUGACCUCCUCAGGCUUCAGGCUCCUCAUCUGUAAAGCAGGAUCCCUUCCUCAUGGGGCUGGUGUGCAGAUUAGCUGAGUUAAUACUUGGAAGUGCCUUGUGUAGGGCCUGGCCUGUGGGUGCUCAUCACCCCUCUUCUAGUUUCCUUGCCUCGGCGUUGGGGAGGCGCUCACUACACUACACUACACUGCACAGGAAGACCCUCCGCUCCCAGGAUCUUGCUGGGGGUGGUCAUGGGAGUCUGGCCCUCCACCUGUGGCCUGAGUCAGGGGCAGAUUCUUGCCCUGCCAGAGGUGGACCGGUGGCUUUCUGGAAAAUCCAGCCUGUGCUUUCAGUCUAAGCAUUAAAAGCUCCUAAACCCUUUUGUGUUGGCCCUUUUUCUCCUCCUGCAUGUGGAAGGUGGUAGUUUAUAUCUUCCUCUCUUACCUUACCUCGUCCCUGUUUGCAAAGGGUUUCUUGGGUAGCUGCAGGAUGGUGUGUAUGAUCAAUAAUUGCCUUAGCAGAGCUGCAGGGGUCUCUGUGAGGGGCUUGUCCAGGGUCUUGUGUGCUACUCAGGGCACUGUGGGGAACUGGUGAUGGGUGGAUGGGAGCUGGUAUCUCCAGCUAAGUUCUUUCUUUCCUUUCCUUUUCUUCCUUCCUUCCUUCCUUAGAAAUUACCCCUUCUUUAUUGCCACAUUCAUACAAAAAGUUUGAUGUAUCUGGGUGGGUAAAAGAAAGCGUCAGUGUAUACAAAGAAAGUUGGAGGAAGUUAGAAAAUAUAUGGCUUUAGCAUUCCAGCUAACCUGUUUCUAAUGGCUGCUCAGUGACUGGUUGGCAUCCCCUUUAGUAUGGGCUGGGAAAGCGAAUCCAGUUGGGAGCAGAGACCACCUUAAUAAGGAACAUAUGGUUGGACCCUAGCUUCUGGGACAGGUCAUCUACAGCUCUCAAAAUUAAUAAGAUUUUUUAGUAUAUAAGUGCCCCCCCCAAUUGUAUAAUAAAUAAUUUGAGUGAUCUCUAUCCUUGGUUCUUGGGAGGGAGCCUCUAAAUCCUCAGAAUUUCCCAAGUGAUGGGAUUUUAAUUAUUCUUGGUGGGACCCUCAAGCCACACCUUGAGUUGAUGCUGAAAUUUGACUCAGGAGGGCUUACUGUGGGGAAAAACCAACCAUGUGAGUAGAGGGUUGGAGCUUCAAGCCAGGUGAUACCAGCCUGACCUCCAGGGAGGGGAGAGGGGCUGGAGAUUGAAUUCGACCACGUGGUCAAUGAUUGCAAUCAAUUAUGCCUACGUGAAGAAACCCUAAUAAAAACUCUGGACACUGAGGGUGAGCUUUCUGGUUGGUAAACACAUGGAUGUGUCAGGAGGAUGAUGUGUCCUGCUUCCAUGGGGAAAGGACAUGGAAGCUGGGGCCCUCUCAGAUCUUGCAUUAUGUGUCUCUUCAUUUGUCUGGUCCUGAUUUGUAUCUUUUAUAAUAAAACUAUAAUUGUAAGUAGA